AUGACAGCAAAACGAUACCGGCACCAGCAACGACGUCGGACAAAUGUUUUACCGCGUAGAGGGAGCAUUGUCAAGCUAGUUCUUGCUCUUGGUAUCGUGGUUGUGGCCCUUCGUUUUGUUCUGCGGUCAUCGUAUGUGCUCGACGCUGUCUUGCUGGAUGAGCAUCCCAAGAAAUAUAAGCCUCUGGUUGGGAAGCGGGCGGAGAAUGUCUUUCUGUCUGUACCAAACGAGGAGGUGUGCAUAGCGACGUCGCAGCACUAUACAGCGAAACCCCAUCUGGCGGGUUCAGAAAUCGACUUGUCUACCGCAAAAGACUUCUUGCAUUUUCUGCAGACCGAGCUUGGUGUCAAACCUCCCGCAGAGGAUCCCAUUUACCCGGCCGGGUCCCCAGAAUCUCAGAGAGCCACGCUGUCCCUUCCGAAAACACAUACGGCACAGGCUUGGAUUGAUGUUUACUACCCGGUCAUGAAUACACCGCUUGAUCGUGUUGUGCAGGCAUUGGAUCAAGAGGACAACGUUAUUUGGGCCGCGGAUCUUACGGAACACACUGAUGACACUGACCCAGAGGCAGGCGAGUACUACGAUUUUGUGCCUACCUUCCACGGAUUGAGCAAGGGUGGUGAUGUUACGGGAAAGCUUGUCUACGCGAACUACGGCUUGAAAGAGGAUUAUGAUGCACUUAUUGCGAAAGGCAGGUUCAGCGUCAAUCUUACUGGUUCCAUUAUUUUGGCCAGAUAUGGUGGCAAUUUCCGUGGACUCAAGGUCAAAGGCGCACAAGAGGUUGGCGCUGUUGGUAUUCUCAUAUAUAGCGACACUCGCGACGACGGGGCUGUAACUGUGGAGAAUGGCUACAAGCCGUACCCCGAUGGGCCCGCUCGAAGUCCCACCUCGGUUCAACGUGGCAGCGUGCAGUUCAUUAGCAUGUACCCUGGUGAUCCAACAACUCCAGGAUAUCCUUCGUAUGAAAAUGUCACGCGUAUGGAGGCGCUCAACAGUCCUUCGAUACCUAGUCUGCCUUUCUCUUGGGCUAAUGCUCAAAAACUCCUGGAGCUCUCUGAGAAGGGAGAAAUCAAUGUCAGGCUGGUCAACCAUGUUGAUGAUAAGGUUAUUCCAAUUUGGAAUACGAUGGCCGUUAUUCCGGGCUACAUCACUGACGAGAUUGUGGUUGUUGGAAAUCAUAGAGACGCUUGGGUUAUGGGCGCAGCAGAUCCCACCAGUGGUACUGCAUCAAUAGCCGAGACUAUCCGAGGGUUUGGCGUUUUGGUGAGGAAAGGUUGGAAGCCGCUUCGUACCAUCGUUAUUGCCAGCUGGGAUGCCGAAGAGUACGGUCUUAUUGGCAGCACCGAAUGGGGCGAAGACUUUGCGGAAUUCAUUGAUAAAUAUGUUGUUGCAUAUGUGAAUCUUGAUGUUUCUGUUGGCGGCUCUAGGUACGGUGCCCAGGCCUCACCUUUACUCGCCCAUCUUGUACAGCAAACUGCUCUGGAUGUUCCACAUCCCACAGACAAAGGUCGUACACUUUGGGAUGCGACCAAAGAUAGUGGAUCGUAUUUCGGCGCAAGGGAGGACGGAGAAAGUGUUGUAGAUUCGGAUGUUAUAGCUGCUAGUAAGGCCCGCGCCAAUGCUGUUGAUGCACUCGGUGUCGGUGUCUUGGGUUCGGGCAGUGACUAUACGGUGUUCUUGCAGCGUCUUGGGAUUGCUAGUACCAACGGUGGCUUCGGCCAGACGGUAAACGACCCGGUCUAUCAUUAUCACUCUGUGUACGAUUCCGAGCGCUGGAUGGAAUUAUACGGUGAUCCUGGUUUCUUCCGACAUACUGCUGUUGCCAAGCACCUUGGACUUCAAGUUCUUCGUUUGGCCGAUAAUGUCGUUCUUCCUUUCAACACGACGCACUACUCGUACGAGCUUGAGAAUUAUCUAGACAAGGUGGAGAGUCUUGUAUCGGCCCAAUCCGUGGAUAUUGACUUGUCGCCUCUUCGGCAAUCCAUUCAUUCUCUGCAAGCUGUCAGUUUGGCUUUGGAUUAUGAAAAAUUCAACGCGGAGCGAGAUAUCAUCGAGGUCAUUAAAAAGUGGAGAAAAGAAGCUUCUAAAAGAAGCUUCGAAAGGCGUACUGCAAGGUUCAAGAAGGCUUUAGGACAUCCGUGCAAGCCUCGUCACCACCACAAGCACCAUAACAAACAGUACCAACUUGCGGAGGAAGAACGUCGCGUUCACCACACUGGAUUUGAGCACCGUAUUGGACGUUUUCCCGCCUGGCGACAAGAAAUGGCGGAGAACGAGAUGCUGUAUGGCGUCGCUCUACAAGCUGGCUUUGAGGAAUCUCUGAAGCGCCUUCGCGCCGUCAAUCAGAAGCUGAUUGCCUUUGAACGAGGAUUCAUCUCGGAAGACGGGAUAUCGGAGCGCGAGUGGUUCAGGCACCUGGGUGUAGCGCCUGGAAAGUGGCUUGGGUAUGGCGCUACUACGUUACCUGCCUUGACUGAGUCUAUUACUAUUGAUGGGAACGCUACGCUGGCGAAGUAUGAAGUCGUGCGGUUGAAGGAUCUUCUUGAUAACCUAGCGGAGAAGAUCAGGGUGUAA